AUGGGCCAACAGCGACAGUUCAACAAGCAACAGCAACCACUACCACUACUUCAAUGGAUCUGUCACUCGUCAUUGUCAUCACAAUCGACUACACGUAGUGCGUGUUACAAUGAUGUUAACAUUCAAUCGAUGAAUGCUAGGUACUCAACCAGUAGCAGUGGCAGUGACAGUGGCAGUGGCAGAGGUACAAGCGGACCAAAGAAGACACAACAAAAACAGACUACAAUAACAACAUCUUAUGACAAUGUCAUUGACUUCAACUAUCACCUCGAUCAAUUGAUCAAACAGUCAGACAAGCACUACAAGGAGGGCCAAUACCAAAUGGCACUGGACACUCUUGCAUCUCAAGGAUUGGCCAAAGCACAGGAUAGAGUUGAGAUUGCACUGGUCUAUGGAAGACUGGCAGCAAUACGAUUCAGACUGGGUCAACUUGCAAACGCGAGGAAAGCACUGGAGGAGGCAUUACGUCUAAUUCCAUAUUCACAUCCAGAGACCUACAAGUUACUGUCUCUUCAGGCAUUCAUGAUCGAACAUGAACUCCAAUUCCUAAAGGACAAGGAAGGCAAAGAUGCCAUGCAAAUACUAGACAAGGCAAUCGUUGCAUGGGAGGCUGUUAUCAAAGCCGCAGAUGAUAAACCUGAUGGAUAUGUUGGAAAAGGAAGAUGUUUGCUCAAGGGUACCAAACCAGAGAUGUUGGCAUGUUUCUAUUUACGAGACAAGGCAAUGGCGUGUUCGUAUCACCAUCCACCGACCCAGACCUAUGCCGCAGAGUUGCUCAUUGUGCAAGACAAAGAACCAUUGGCACUUCAACUCCUAAACCUUUUCUUCAACAACUAUGUUGACUAUUACAAGUCAUCACGAGUAUAUGUGCUGGAUAAUGAUACACUCGGUAACAACUACUUUAGACGUGGCAUGUGUAAUAUUCUAAUUGGAGAGUUUGAACUGGCAGCCAAUGAUUAUACAAUGUCGAUGAACUAUUUGGCAAAGGAGGAACAUCCUUCUGUCAAGUUCUACAGAGGUCGUUGUUACAACCAGUUGAAACAAUUUGACAAGGCCAUCCAAGACUAUACCGAAUGCAUUGAACAUCAUCCAGAGCAUGCCAAAGCCUAUAAGGAACGAGCGGAAGCCUAUCGUGCCAUUGGUGACAUUGCACGCGCCACCAAAGAUCAUCAAGUAUUCCUGGACGAUCGACAAAAGAGAAGGGAUCAACGGCAAGAAUCAAUGGACAUGUAUAAACUGGACCGCAGGGAGAAGAUCAUAAAGAUGCUGUUGGAUAAGAGUAGUAGUGGUAGUAGAUCCAAGGACAGUUAA